AUGGUCGAGCCGCAGUUCGAUUUCCCACAGCGCAGAGGCCGGUCGAUUGCAGCCCCGUGUAGCGUCCGCCGAAAUCCCAGUUCAGGCUGGUGGUUUCACCAAAAAGAAGUUCGGUUUCGCUCGGUCUCGCUGUCGAGAAACUUUAAGCGACAGGACAACACUCUUGGACUGCUUAAAAGUCUACGGCUAAGUGCUGGUCCGACAAUGAAUCGACGAGGCGGCGGCAACCAUGGUUCAGGCCCAAUUCCUGACAGAUGGCUUCAAUAUCUCCCAAUCGGCAAGCACAUCGAACAGACGCGAUUCUUGCCAUUGAAGUGCCCGCUUGAUAAGAAAUUCUUCAUGCGAAACCGCUGCAGCGACGAGCAGCUUUUCACCAUUGAUUGCUUGUUGGCGAUGGCAGGCAACGUUAACAAGAAGAUUGGUCUCAUCAUCGACCUCACAAACACGCAUCGAUAUUACAACCCGGAAGAAUUUACUAGUCAGGGCAUUCAACACGUCAAGCUACAGUGUCCCGGUCAUGAGGUGGAUGGUCGCGAAGAUAUUGUCCGGGAAUUUAUACAAAUUGUUGACAAUUACUUGGCCGUGGCACCACCAGAUACAUUAAUCGGUGUCCACUGCACUCAUGGAUUGAAUCGUACCGGAUACUUGAUCGGCCGAUACCUGAUACAGAAAGGCGACUGGAACGCAGAUGAGUAUUUGCAAAUGUUCGAGCACUGCCGCGGACAUCCCAUCGAGCGUGAGGCGUAUAAAGCAAAACUGCGCUGGGCCCAAGAACAACGGGACGCAAUAUUGAAGCAAAACGUGGAUACC